AUGAAUGAGUUUAGAGACUGGAUAGAUAGUAAUGAAAUGGUUAUGUACCUACUUCUGGUGCACAAUAUACAUGGACAGAUGGUAGAAAAGAAGGAUUAUAGAGGAAGCCUUGGUAGUUAUUGGAGUGAUUGUCCCAUAUGUGUUCUGAAUCAGAAAUUGAAAGAAAUAAAAGUCAGAAUUAAAAGGUGGAAUAAAUCUGUUUUUGGAAAUGUGCAUGAAAAGGUGGCCAUGGCUCUUAAAGCUGUAAAACAUGUGCAAUCUGAGAUUGACAAUGCUUGUGACAAUGCUGAGAGAGAUAGAAAUACGAAAUUCUUCAAUAGAAAGGCUCCAUCCGGUGUGCGACCAGGGAAUCCCUCAUCCCCUCUUUUAUUUUGUCUUGUAGAGAAAGCUCUUAAUAGAAGUGUUGCUGAAGAGUUAGAUCUAUCUUGGUGUGCCCUCUUUGUACAGGAAAAUCGAGAUCUAAACACCUUACGCCAAUUGCUGACAAAAUUAGCUAAAUGGAAAGGUAGCUUGAAGUAUCAAGCGAAGAAAAAACGGUAA